GAGGUUGGCCAGAGCCAAUGGCUUUCUUCCAAGUGUAUGGCCACAUUCUGCAAAGCUCAGAUUUCUCUGUAAAUAUGCUCAAAUCCCAUAGGCUUUGUUACAUCUUAGAAGCUACUAAGUACAUACUAACCCCUAAGGCCCAUAAAUGCUUUACAGCACUGGGCCUUUAAUAACUUGCAUGAUUUAUGGCUAUGAUUCACUAUGGGAUCAGAGCAGCCACAUCAGGGUAUAAUAAAACAAGAUAUUUCUUCAUUAUUUAUUUUAAAAUGGAGGAAACUAAUAGGAAACAUAAUGUGUGCUUUUUAAAAUUCUUAUUAUUUUUCUAGGUUUUCUAGCACAAAUUUCUAAACAAGGUUUUCUGGGAAAAAUCUGAUGAUGUGAUUGAGGUGGUCAAAAGUGACGGCAGAAGUUCUUCUGCCCUUGGUCAUAUGACAAACAACAGUGUAAAAGUCGGUGGGGAGAACUCACUCACAGCUUUUGGGAAAAUAAACCUUUUGAGAAAAGAAUCAGGAAGAAAGAAAAAAAAGACCAUCUAAGAGAGUUAUGUCUGAGAUAGCAUUUUUCCACUCAGACAACUGCAAUCUUAGGUAUUCUGGUAUCAGAGGCAAAGUGCUAGAAACAAAAGAAUUGUUGUGCAGCUUUAGCAACUUACCUUUGACAUGGCAGAAAACCAUUGCUGAGAUUCGUAUCCUUGCAUCUCUUCUACAUGCAGGUUUUGACCGACUUUGCUUUUCAUGACAAUGGAAUUUUUCCUCCCCAGGAUGGAAAGUAAGAACCUCUUCCUAAGCCUAUUGCUCUGCUACAGUUUGCUCAGAGCUGCAGAUUCUCAUAUGGUAAUUGAAGAGAAGACAGAAUGCAACCUAUCAAGGAGCAACAAAAUUAAUCUCUCGGAUCUCCCACCCAUCUCCAUAGUAGAUUUAACUAGAAGAUCCCAGAAAGUCAGCAGGAAAGAGGCAGAGAACAGGAAAUCUUCCAAGAAAAAUGCUCAACCAAAGACACCUCCGAAACCAAGGCCUACACCAGCUGCUGACUGUGUGCCAAACUUCAAAACCUGCAAACCACAGUUGAAUUCAUGUUGUAACUACUGUGCUUUGUGCAAAUGCCGAAUUUUUCAGACAAUCUGCCAAUGUCUAAUGUUAAACCCAAAGUGCUAAGCCAAACUGGGAAC